GAUAUCUAGCCAAAUCCUUUUGAUGAUAAAUCUUUCAUCCAGUGUGCUGUUGGGAAAAUAUUUGCAUGUCCCAGCCGUGCUGGCACCAUCUUCAACAAGAGCUGCCAGUGCUGCAACUGGCCAUAAAACUGCCACAGGUUCAUGUAUAAUGCUAUAAUAAAAAUAUCUCCACCUGAAAGGUAGCCAGUGUAAAACUGCCACCACUAUGACCAGACUUAUUCUACUCACAGGCAUUUGCCUGUUAUAUAUUCAUUUUGGUUCAGCCUAUCAGCUUAUAUGUUACUUCACCAACUGGGCCCAGUACAGACCUGACCCUGUGAAGUAUGUGCCUGCCAAUAUUGAUCCCUUCCUGUGCACACAUCUGAUCUACGCGUUCUCCAUCAUUAACUCUGCAAAUCAGCUGGCCACCUACGAGUGGAACGAUGAGACUCUCUACCAGUCAUUCAAUAGUCUGAAGCAAAGUAACCCAAGCUUGAAGACACUUUUGGCUGUUGGAGGAUGGAAUUUUGGUUCAACUCAAUUCUCUACCGUGGUGUCCACCAAAGCAAACAGAAAUACAUUCAUCCAGUCCUCCAUAAGCUUUCUCAGAAAGUAUGGAUUUGAUGGCCUGGAUCUAGACUGGGAGUAUCCGGGAGCCCGCGGCAGUCCUCCAGGGGACAAGAGAAGAUUCACACUGCUCUGCAAGGAGCUUCUCGACGCCUAUGUGGCUGAAAGCCGUGCGACAGGACGUCCCCGACUUAUGGUCACGGCUGCAGUGGCUGCUGGGAAAUCAACUAUAGAUGCUGCAUAUGAAAUUCCUCAGAUUUCCCAGUACCUGGACUUCAUUAGCGUGAUGACCUAUGACUUUCAUGGGACUUGGGAAAGUUUCACUGGCCACAACAGUCCUCUCUACCAAUGGUCUCAGGAAACAGGAAAUCAAAUUUACCUUAAUUCUAAUUAUUCGAUGACGUACUGGAAGAAUCAGGGUGCUCCAGUGGAGAAGCUGAUGAUGGGUUUUGCUACGUAUGGCAGAACGUUCCAACUGUCAUCUACAGCGAGUGGCCUGGGAGCUCCAACAAGUGGCCCUGCUUCUGCUGGCACCUACACCAGAGAGGCAGGCGUCUGGUCUUAUUAUGAGAUCUGCACCUUCCUUCAAGGAACCAGCAUACAAUGGAUCCAGGAUCAAAAAGUACCCUAUGCCACGAAGGGGGGUCAGUGGGUUGGCUUUGACACCAAGGAGAGCUUUGACACAAAGGUGACCUACCUCAAAGAUAAUAAUUUUGGAGGGGCCUUUGUCUGGGCUCUUGAUCUGGAUGAUUUUACUGGACAGUUCUGUGGACUGGGAAGCUAUCCUCUCAUCAGCGAGCUCAAGACAUUGCUAAAGAAUGGUGUAUAAAUGUAUGAGAAUGCGCCAUCAUCAGUUACUCAUAUGUUACUCAUAAUAUGAAUCUCUCUGAAUUUACAUCCUCCUCUGUUCCUUUUUACCAUCCUCAUGCUGCAGCUCUUAUUUCAUUAUAUCCAUAUUUUAUUUCUCUUUCUUUAAAAAAAUAUUAAAACAGAUAAUCGAAAAUGCUCA